AUGAUCAUCAAGCUCCGCUACCUUGUUUUUAUUUUUUGGUUCCUCGCAAGCGUUCGGGCUUUUAAUAAUUAUUCAGUGUACGAAGACGUUGAUAUUCUUUCUUUCUUUGAACCAGAGGAUGGGCAUGCUAAUGGCUUUACGUAUCCAGAUGGCACAGGGUUGAUGCAAUUGCUUCAUUCGAAUUCAUCUGGUUCUGAUUAUGACAAUAAUUUGUAUAUUCGUCUGCUACAUCCAAAUGGCACGUUGACCAAAUUUACUGUACCAACAUACAAUAAUACCGAAUACGCAGCGAAUGCUUUCCCGCUUAAUGAUGGAUAUGUGUUCAUAGCUCAGGCAAACCACGACCAAGUUAUGUAUGGAAUGUUGGUCGAUUGGAGCGGUCAAAUAUUACAAAGGGAUGUGACGCUUAACGAUGGUCCUGUGGGCAUUCAUAUGUCUAGACCACUCGUAGAAACCAACGUCAAUCCGGAUAAGGAUUUUCUUGUAGCAGCAUCGGAUUAUUUUGAUAACAUUCCGUGGAAAAUUUUUAGUACACCCAACAGCACGGGUCAAAUAACCCAGUUGUACGAAGGCAGUAUCACGGCCCAUAAUCUGGCCGAUUACGCGAUCUUUCCCACCACGGAAGGCGGUUAUGGCAUAGCCUUUUUAAACUAUCAACCCGAAAGUCCAAACGUCUCUAAAUUCCACUAUUUUCCGCAAUGGUUGCUAUAUGUUAGAUUCUGGCAACCUGACACGUUACAAUUUGACACGCCUCAUUUAAUCUGGCAGAGCCCCAUCCCAACCAGUGCGGUGCUUUUAGAGGGCUGCGAAGUGGCUGCUGAUGGGACAGGAUACUUUUGUAUUAUAGAAGUUCCUAGUAUCAACGAAGUUAGUUGGGAUUACGUGAAGGUGGCAUUUUUAUCUAGUGGUUCUGUAACUGAUGUCAACGUGAUAUUGGAAGGCUCAGAGAAAACUUUUAAGGAUAUUCAAGGAAUACGGCAAUUGCCUUAUGGCGGAUUUCUGUUUGUAUUGGUGUUUGAUGACCCUGGUCAGAACUCUUUCUUAGACUCCAUGGUUGCAAAGCUUGCUGAGCUCAUCCCCAUUGAUCCAUCACGUAUAACCAGCAGUAGACGCAAUCAACCUGACCCCAAUGCACCAAAUCAGAUAUUGUUUCCAGUCACUCUUAAGGCAACUGAGGAUCUGUCGCAGAGAACAGUACAGCAGAUUAUUGAUGAUCUUAAUGAUUUAAUUAGGCAUAAGGCUUAUAAUUCAUUCUCACGGGAAUAUCCUACUAGUUAUCUCGAUGAAACUUAUGGGUUUUCACCUGCCGCCAAUUUAUGGCAAACUUACAAAUUUAAACUAAUUGCACUGUUUGUUGGUCUCUUGAUAUUAUUGAUAAUAUACUUUAUCGCGAGACGGAAGUAUCCAGAGGGCCAAAGUUUUGUUGUCAUAAAGCUUGCACUAAUACUUGCAGAUCUGAGUCUCGAUAUAGCAUUUGUACUCUUAAGUGCAAGGAACGUCCCGCAAAUUCAUCCAUCAAGUAUAGCUUUCUUAAUAGUUCCUAUUGCCUUCAAUUCUGCCCUGGCAUUCUCAAUAUUAAUGACAGAACUAAGUAAAAAUACUAAAUUUCAAGAAUGGUUCGGUCAAAAU